UAAUUCAUUAAUUAACUAGUUAGUGGUUAAUUAAUUAAAGAUGUCUUCCAGCAGUGAGGGAGUAUCAGGUUGGGAGAGAUUAGCUCUUGUCAGUGAAGCAGAGAUAAGAGGAUCAGAGGAAGAGACGGUGGACCUGUUUUACGUGUUCCUCUUGAAUAAUAAACUGAAUGGAGGGAAAGAAUUGGACACAGUGACACUAACUAAACUAAUAAACAACAUCCAGACCAUCAUUAGAUUAAAGAAUGCCGAGUUCCAGGAGCAACUAACUGAGUAUGAGAGGGACCACACCAGCCACCAGAAGGAAGGGAGGGAGAGGGAGCAGCUCGAACAAAUAAUAAUGGAACAGCGAAACAAGAUCAGUGAACUAGAGGGAACUAUUAAUUCAUUGACAGCUAAAGUGGGCGGAGUUGGGGGCGGGGGAAUGAGUCUGUUGGGUAAAGUAGUAGAUGAUCUUCAGUCUGAACUGGAGAAGACCAGGACUAAUGUAGCAACAGAAAAAAUUGAAAUACAACGAUUGAAUAGUGAGCUGUCAGUGAGUGCUGCUCAGGUCCAGAGGCUUCAGUUGGAGUUAGCUUCUAAAGAUAAUGAACUGACUCAGUAUCGGAUUGAAUGGGAGAAGAGGAAGGCUGGGAAGAAAUCAUUAAUAGAGGAGGAGCUUAGGGAGAGACUCCGCCUUCAAGGGAGGGAAAUGGCUGAACAGCUGGACAAGAUGGAGUUGUUAUUAAGAGAGAAGCAGGCACUGGAAGGAUCAGUAUCCACUAGUGAUAAAGAAAUGAAGCAGUUGAUUGAAGAAAGAGAAUCAAUGUUACAAAAAUUACAAAAGCACCAGGAGGCAUUGGCUGAGGCUGGUCGUGUUAAUUUUGAUCUUGAGAGAUCAUUGGAAUCAUUGAGAUCUCAGUUGAAUCAGUGUCAGGAUCAAUUAGCUGAUCAAGUUGACGCUAAUCAAAGAUUGUGUGAUAAAAUGAAAGAAGACAGCGAGAGAGCUAAAUCGAAGCUUUCCUCUCGUUCAAAGUUGCUCUCAGAGGCUAACAGUAAGAUAUCAUCACUAGAAGAUCAGCUCCAGCAGAUCACAAUCAACACUCAGAAAGGAUCAGCACUGAGACUAAACAAAGAGCUGGCGGAGAAGGAGACUGAAGUCCAGGAGCUGCAGGAUGAGCUGUAUCAAGCAUCAGUCGACAUUGACUCACUCUCUGCCCAACUGAAAGACGCUAUCAAUCGGUCAGAUCCAGUGAAGGUGAGUCCAUUGCUACACAAAGAGAUACAGGAUAUGAAGAACCAACUGAAGGAAAUGGAGGCACUGCUGAAGAGAGAACAAGAAAGAAGACAACAAUCUGAGAAAGACAAGGAGGAUGUAGACAGUGAGUUGGUUGAGCUGAGACAUAAACUGGAUCAGUAUGAGAGUGGAGUCCUUGGACUGAAGGAAGCAAUGAAUGAAAUAAAACUAAAGAAAGAGGAACUGGCACACAGAGACACUGAGGUGAGUGGGUUGGUCCAGGAAGUGAACAGGUUGCAGAGUGAGACUGAUACACUGGAUGAGAUUAAUGAAGCACUGAGAGACAAACUGGGACUGGAACCAGGAACGGAACCGGAACUGACUCAAGUUCGUGAGAGAAGAUUUGCUGAACUGAACAAGUUAAAGAGAGACAAUGUUACAUUAACUAAUGAAGUUCAGAGACUAGAAGAGGAAAAACUGACCUUGAGAAAGAAAAUAAUUGAUCAAGCAACAUCAGGGAGUACAAAAUCUUUACCUGUUUCUGUUAACUCGUCUCCUGGUCACAUCACUGUUGCUGAUUUGAGGAAUCAACUCUCAAAACUGCAAACUGAACUAGCUACAGAGAGACAGAGAAGGGAAGCUUAUCAAAAAGAAAUAACUCGUCUAAACCGAGAUACCAGUCUACCACCCCCUGGGGAUAAGACUAGAGCCAAAACCAGUCAAACUGGAGCUAGAAGAACCAGUCAAACUAGUCAGACCAGUCCUAGGAUCAAGAUAGACAGAGUGAGAGAGAGAGAAGAGAUUGAUUCAACAGGAGGACUAGUUUACACUAAUGAUAAUGGACCAAGCACUGCUGGACUAGCUGGACAUGAAUCUACUGAUGGUGAUGUUACUGCUAAUAUGCAGGAGGGGGAGGAGUUAUUAAUGAUUAUUAAUGAGCUGAAGGAACGAGAGCAAUCACUGAGAGCCACUGAACAAGAAAUGAACCAACUGAAGAAUAAAUACGAUAUAAUAACUCACCAGCAGGGUCUGCUAUACAGUGAAUACAGUGUUGCUAAGAGACAAUGGAGGGAGGAGAGGGAUCAGUUAAUGAGAGAAAAACAAGAACUGAUAAACAAACAAGGAGAUACCACACACUCAACUGGAGAUGUUGAUCUACUUCAUUCCACUAUAUCUCAGUUGAGGUCAGAGCUACAGUCUCUUCAAGUUCAGAAUAACAAUGUAAAUGGAUCACUGAGAAGAACAGAGACACUCCUCCUUGAUAAAGAGAGAGAGAUCAGUCAAUUGAAUGUACAAAUAAGCUCACUGGAGAGGAGAAUGGAGGCAGAGAGAAGGGCCAGGGAACAAUCAUCAACACGAUCCAUUGAAUUCACUACUGAAGCUAUUGAACAACUACAAGCUCAAUUGGUUCAGAAGGAGCAUCAGGUUGAUAAAUAUCAGAAAUUGCUGCAAGACACCAGACAAGAGUAUCAUGUAUCAGUAGAAUCAUAUAAAGAAGAAAUACUGUUACUGGAGAAGAAACUAAGAACUAAAACUGCUGCUCUUUCAAGACUACAAGAGGAUGCUUCCCUUUCCCCCCCUCCCCUCGUUACUCUCUCGUCCCCUCCUCCUCCUCCUCUCCCUCUCUCCUCCAUCCACCGCUACUCUCCUGAACUAGCUCAAGAAGUACAAGACACUAACAGAAGAUUGAGUGAGGAGCUGGAGAGAGAGAAGAGAGAGAGAAGCGAUGACAGGAAGCAGUUCUUGAAGAAAGAAGAAGAACUGAAGAAAGAAUUGGGUCAACUGAGAAACAAGCACAGACUAGAAAUUAAAGAGUUGCACAAUUCCUUGUCAAGCAAAUCCUCUCAGAUAUCAGAACUGGAGGAAGAACUUGAGAUUAUGAAUGGAGAACUAUCAGCAGCUCUUGAGUCAAGCAAGAAAGUACCUUCAAGAAGUCUUCGUGAGUUAGUUGAGCGGUUAAGGUCCCAGCUAGCGGAGAAGGAGAGGGAACUGUUGAUAUUAACUGACUCAUUGAAACAAGUUAGAGCUGAUCUGGUGGACACUGUCCAGAAAACACUGCAAAGUCAGUGUAGACAGGAUGAAGCUGAGGUGAGUGUGCAGAGGUUAGUGAUGGAGAGGGUCAGAGGAGCUGAGGAGAAACACGAAGAGAAAAUGAGAGAAAUGAAAUCAAAAACACUUCAACUGGAAACUGAACUUGAUAAUGUGAAGAAGAAAUUGAAGGAGUCUUGUUCUGAGUUUGAUCGGCUCCAAUCAGAUUACAUGAUGAAGGAUAACGAUGUCAAAGAAAGAGAAGAGGAUAUUAGUAAAUUGGAUGAAGAGAUACAGCAACUGAAGAAAUCACUGAAUGAAUCAAAGAGAUUAGAAUAUAACAUGAGCAGAGAACUGGCACAGUUGAAGGAGAGAAAUUCUUCUUCACUGGUUGAAUGUGACAGGCUACACAAACGUUGUGACGUUCUUCAAAAUAAAGUAGAUAAGCAGAAGCAGCUGCUGGGAGAACAAGAGGAACAGCUCCACAGUUUAAGAAUGAGCUCAGAGAAAUCAUCACCAAAACCUUCAACGAUAUCACAGCUGGACAAUAAACAUACUUCAAUUGAAGUUGCUCGUUGGGAGGAGAGUAAGAAAUGGCAGAGGAAGAUUGAGACGAUGAAACUGAAACUGUCGGAGAAGAACAAGGAAACAGACACACUUCAGAAACACAUCACAACACUGAAGGAGUCUUUGAUAAGGUACGAGAGAGAAAAGGAGGUGUUGGCCCAGAGACUAAGAGCAGCUGAAAAAUCAGCAACGAAACCUCAAGACCUUGUUACUAUGGAAACAGGACCUGCCCCGCCCACUCUAACGAGAUCAGAGGUAGAGACUCAGCUAAGAACUGAGAACAUUGAACUAGAGAAUAAAGUGGCUAGUCUGCAGCUGUCAUUAAAGGAGUGGGAAGCAAAUUAUAAUUAUGAUGUAGAGAAACUUAAAAUUGAAAUAAAAUCACUAACUAACAUUAAUGAGGAACUGAUGAAGACUAAAGAAAAUAAAGUCCCACCCACAAUGUGUACUAAUGAAGGAGGAGGCGGGGUCCUAUCAGUGGAGAGUAAGCUGAGGGAAGAGUUGCUCCAAUCUAAGAAGAGACUGGCUCACCUGCAGCUCCAGCAUCAACAGGUUACCAUGGAAACACCACGACUAAAGUCGAGAAUCAAAGACCUUGAGCAGUACAUUGAAGUAUUGAAAGGAGCAAACUCUGAGAGAGAGAAACUAGAGUUUGAGUCAAAGGCUGGGUAUUUCUCAGCUGCAGAAGUUGAGAAAACCGUUUCCUCAAUGAAGAGGCUAAUAGAGAAACUACAGAAAGAGAAUGAGACACUGAAGACUAAAGAAAAGAAGCAGCAAAAGGGACUGCUAGAAUCUGAAAACAAAAGACUAAAAGUUGAAUUAGAUAAAGCUCACAAAUCACUAGCAGCUUUAGGAGGGAAAAGAGCAGCUGCUAGUGGAGACCAUUCACUGGCUGGACUCAUCUCAGAGAAUGAAAGACUAAGAAAUGAACUUAGAAAAGAGAUAGAGAAAAGUGAGAAGUUAUAUGCUAAUAUAUCAAAACUGAAGUCGGACAAAAGCAAACUUGAAGAUGAUAAAAUUAAAUUCACUGAACCUCAUCAAGAGACAGUGAGGAAAAGAGAUGAACUGAAGAGAGAAAAUGAUAAAUUAAAAGCAGAGCUGGAUUCAUUUGAUCCUCAGUUCUUUGAGGAGAUUGAAGACUUAAAGUACAAUGUUACAGUCGCUGUGCAAAAGAAUGUAGAGCUAGAAGAGCAACUGAGACACUACAGCAGACAAUAUGGGUUCCCCCUACCUACUGGUCUAAUGGCAGAAUAAUCCUCAUCACUUACUAAUGAAUAAUAAUCAAAUUUAAAAGUUAACAUGAACUUAUUAAUGUUAGAAAUGUACUGAGUGCUUAAUGUUACACGGAGUAGAUAUACGGAUUAUAGCUGAUAAGUGUAGCGGAGUUUUUCAAAGAUUCACGGAGUCAGAUUUAAUAAAUGGCGGUUAGAAAGGCAAUUCAGAAAGUGACCAAUAGAAUAGUCAUUGUGGACCCUAAUGUUAGCUCAGAGUAUGGUACUUCUCCUGUAGACGUAGCUUAUAAAAGUCUGACUAAAAUAAUGAACGAUCACAACAUUAUCACUAAAGUACAUAGAAAACGUUAUCAUGAAACUGGUACCAAAAAGACGGAGAGAAUGGAGUAUGAACGAGCAGUACGAGUCUACAACAGGGAAAUGAAAAAGAAAAUUGACUUUGUAAUGAAGAUGCAUAAACCACUCCCACCUAUUUAAUGUUGCCAUGACAAUGCAUAAUGACAAUAGCUAUGAAUAUCGUUAGUAUUCGCAUUAUUCAUAAUUAAGUUUCCAUAUAUGGUCGUAUUGAGUCUUGUUCCUUCCUAGACAACACAAUAUGAAUAUCAA